UAGACAUCAACUUAAAUCAAGCGCACCCUAAAACCAUUUGUCAAAGUGAAUAAUGAAUUAGUGUAAAGUGAAAAUAAAACAUGGAGUCCUAUGAACAAGCAUACAACAAUAACAAUUUGAAAAACAACUACAACGAAAUGAAAAACGAUUUCUACAAUUAUCAAGAUACAAACUCGAAAAGUCAACAUAAGGACGAAACGAAUUAUAGAUUGAAAAUGGACGAUAAUAGCAAUUUAACAACACCUUUCUCAGUGAAAGACAUAUUAAAUAUAAAUCAAAAUGAUUACGAACGAAACGAUAUGUGGAAGAAUGAUAGAGACAGAAGAGUAAAUGAUUUCGAACCUGUGUACCAUCAGAAUCAAUACUGCCCUGAUUACGUCAGUCAACUCUACCACAACAUACCAGUGCAUAGUAACAUGGAAUAUUGGAAUUCCGAAGUAUAUGAUCAUAAAGUAGACGAAUAUUAUAACUACAAUCAAUAUUACCACAAUUUCUAUCAGACUAAUGAAUAUCAAGAUGUUCCUACUAUCUCCCAAACAGGAGAAAGUUCUACUAAACUCGAUAGUGUUGAGAGAGAACCUCCCAGUGUGAUGCCACCCUUAGGUCCAGUUCCCUAUAAAAGUCAACAACCAAUAGUACAAAAUUUUAAUACCUACCCCAAAGGAGAUGUAAUAGAAAACUUUAAUAGUAUAUCAAGGAAAACAACAAAGGCAGUAGUGACAAAUGGAAAAACGGACAAAAAAGAUAAGAAUACAAAAAGAAAACCUAGAAUUCUCUUUUCUCAAGCACAAGUGCAUGCUUUGGAAAUACGUUUUCGUGCACAGAAAUACUUAACCGCGCCCGAAAGAGAACAACUUGCGAAAACAUUGAAUUUAUCACCGACACAAGUGAAGAUAUGGUUUCAAAAUAGAAGAUACAAGAGUAAAAGGAUAACUUCUCCUGAAGUUUCAACAUCAACGGACGCGAAACCUAGCAAAAGUUCGACAGGACGAAAGUUAUACAAACCAGAAACUGAAUUUAAUCAAAUUAAAAUGGAACCUUAUGAACCUACGCAGACUGAAAAUGAACCCGUUUGUGAUACGAAUGAAAGCGUACCGAUUUACUUCGACGAUAGUUUAAACUACGAUAAUAAUGUACCAGAUAAAUAUUAUAGACAUUUAAAUAUGGAACAAAAUGUUGGAACAUCUUCAGAUAUUUACACGAACAAUAUUGGAGAGACGAAUGAUUACACGGAACAAAACGAUAUUAAGAAAUUUUACACAAUGAAUUAUGUUUGUUGAUAAAUAUAAUUUUUUUUAUU